AUGUCUGGUGCAAAGCAUGAAAAUCAGACUUUACCUGUCGUUGAGGCAUUUGCUGUUUUGAUUCCUCUUCUAUUGGAGAUGAUUGAUUUCUAUGUUCGUAAAGAUAUUAAUCUUGAUGUUAGCCCGUAUGAUGUGGCAGAGAAUGAGGCUUUGAAGUUGAGCAUUGCUAAAGGCAUUCCUCAACAGACUGAUUGUGAUUGUGGGGUGUUUUCUACUUAUUUUGCUGAGCAAAUAAUUCUUGGGAAGGAGAACGAGAUGCCUAAAAAUAUUGAUGUUCGCCUCCUUCGCAAAGACAUUGCUGUCAGCUUAUACUAUCAUGGAAAGAACAAAGAACUUGAGGGAUACUUAACUAGCAAUGAGUUCACUGAGAAGCUUCUGGAGAGGAGACAGAAACGAAUGAAAAUUGCUGCAUAG